CGAGCCUAUAAAGCAACGGACCAGUUUAUGCGCAUUGUCAGUCGGUGUGUGACUUAGCGACGACGAUUACACUCAAAAGGAUCGUUACAGCAGGAAGUUGUUGAAAGAAAGAAUAAAAUACAAUUGUUGAAGUGGAGGAAUUGAGUUAACGCUGUGCGUACAAACGAGUUCCUGUGUAUGUGUUAAACGAGCGCUAAAUUUUCUUUGAAAACUAUUUUUGUUCAUUCAAAAAAAAACAAAACAGAGAAACGAUGAAAUAAUUUAUGAAAACUGUUAUUGUGUAUUAAAAUAAAGCCCUCCCGUGUGUAAAAUAAAUACGAAAUAUUACGAAAGUGAAGUUGUGACGCUAAAUUUUGUGCGAACAAUUGAGAACAACAGAGAGACACAACGCUGAGCGUUUGAAGCGGAAGAUUUUCAAGCAGCGGAAUUUACAAAAUCCUCCUACAAAAACUAUGAAUGAACGCGCCGAAACGGUGCCAGAUGUCCUUGUUAAUGGUCAAUCGAAUGGCAGUGUUAUAUCGAAUGCAGGCGAUGGGAAUGCGGGCAUUCUCACACAACACAACAACAAUAGCAAUAGCAAUCUUAAUAAUAGCAACAGCACAAAUGGUUUGAAUCAUAAUAAUUCGGGCAUUGCAGUACCCAUACCGAUUGUGCCCAAUGCAGAGAUCUCAGUUAUAAAUACAACGCCAAUGCCGGUCAAUCAUUUCGGCAAUAGCGGCAGCUAUAAGAAUACCAUUGUUAUCGAUAAUCAGCCGAAGCGUAAAGUUAGCAUUGUAUCGGAUCCGGCGAGUGAGGCGCGCAGCAUUGGCGCUUAUGAUAAUCCAGCUUAUGAACAAAAUCCACAUCGUAAAAUAUCACAGACUUCCACACAUUCACACACAGAAUUUGGACCCACACGACGAAAGAGUAUUUUGGUGAAUUCAUCAACCAAUGUAUUAGCACCGUUACCCCUACCGAAUGCGCAUGAUAAUGAAUCCGAUCGAGGAUCACUACACAGCUAUGGCGACAACAGUCGACCCUAUAGAUCAUCAGCGCUCGACAAUUUGAAUGCGAAAAUCUAUCAGCACCAACAAGAGCAAGCUCUCUAUGGACAUGGCAAUAAGUUGGAGGAAUCUUGGAUUUAUUCAUUUUGCUUGAAAUGUCAUGGCGAAGAGAAUCGACCGUCUUGGGAGCCACCCUAUUGGCAGAAAAUUUGUCCCUAUCCAUUGUGUCCAUCAUUUCGACAAUUUGCACGUCUACUUGUGCUCAUAUUGAUCGGCGUGCUCAUCUGGUUCACCGCUUACAUAAUCAUCGGCGAUUCAGCUGCACCAGGAGGUCAACUCUUCAAUUUGGUCGUACUGACGGUGGCGGCCAAUUUCGGCGGUUGGCUAAUAUCACUGACGACAUUGCCGCGCCUCAUUGGUAUGCUGCUCGUGGGCAUACUGUUUCAGAACGUUGGCUGGGUCCACUUGGAUGGCGAUUUCUCACACGUCACCUCACAUUUACGCAAAUUCGCACUCACCAUUAUACUUAUUCGAGCUGGACUCGAAAUGGAACCGGAAGCAUUUCGUAAGGUCUACAAAACGAUAUUGAAACUCGGCGUCAUUCCAUGGUUCAUGGAAGCUGUCGCCAUUUCGCUCACAACACAUUUUCUCUUGGAUUUACCGUGGAUAUGGUCAUUCCUCUUGGGUUCGGUUAUUGCUGCCGUCUCGCCAGCCGUUGUGGUGCCGUGUCUCUUCCGUUUGCGCUCAAAGGGUUAUGGUGUGGCCAAGGGUAUACCCACAUUGAUUAUUGCCGUCUCGGGUAUCGAUGAUGCGCUUUCGGUGGCACUCUUCGGUAUUAUCAGCAGCGUAAUGUUCUCGGAUCGUGGUUUGGCCUUUCAAAUAUCACAAGCGCCAAUUUGUAUUAUUGGCGGUUUGGCAUUCGGUGUCAUCUGGGGUUAUAUGGCGAGAUUCUUUCCCGAGAAGGGUGAUGAAUAUGUUGUGCCAUUGCGUGCUAUACUUCUAUUCACCGGUGGUUUAGUGGCGAUUUACGGCAGUGAUCGUUUGGAAUAUGAAGGCGCCGGACCGUUGGCUGUCGUCUUUGCGGCAUUCACAUCGAACCUCUUCUGGUGCAAACAAGGCUGGGAGGUGGACGAUAAUCCGGUAGGGACAGCAUUCGAAAUUAUUUGGAUGAUAUUCGAGCCGAUAUUGUUUGGCAUCACCGGUGCAACGAUUAAGAUAAACGAGCUGGACGGUGAUGUCUUCUACAUCGGCGUUGCCUGCAUUGUCGUUUCCUCCGUUAUACGCAUACUCUGCACCGCCGGCAUCGCUUUCGGUGAUCGACUCAACACGAAAGAGAAAUUCUUUGUCGCCAUCUCAUGGAUGUCAAAGGCCACCGUACAGGCCGCACUCGCACCGGUCGCACUACGCAACUUAGGACCCGAUGCCACGGAGGCUGAGAAGCGUUAUGCCUACAUAGUGCAGACACUUUGUGUCUUAAGUAUUGUGUUGACAGCGCCAUUGGGCGCCAUCUUGAUUACACUCAGCGGUCCACGCUUGCUGACACGCACCAAACAGCCGCAAGUAUUGGAGGGCUGGCGCCGCAGUCAUCGGCCAUCCAUUCGUGACAUUAGUAUUAUUGACGAGGAGGAGGAGCGCGAGGAUCCGGAAUUACCGGCAGAUAAAACCACCGCCGACAAUACACAAUCGAAUGCACACAUCAACAAUAUUGGCUAUGGUCAUUAGCCUACGACUACGACACACCCAUCCACCCAAAAUACAUAUAUACAAAUACACACAUACAUACGAGCUACUAUAUGCAGUGCAGUGCAGCAACAACUUUUUCACUUGGUUGCUUGACAGUAGCCAAAAGAAAUAGAAAUCGAAAAUAAAAAUAUUAUGAAAUGACUUUGUUGUUGUUGUUGCACAGCGUGUCAUUACGUUUACGUGAUUUCGUUGCUGAAUAAAUAAUGUACGAAUAUGUUGAAAUAGUAUUAAGUGAAAGCGCCAUCGGCAGGAUAUGUGAAUAUCUAUUCUACAGAUACUACCAUGCCUACCUACCGCCCAUAAUUCUUUUUUUUUUGUUCGUUUGCUUUUGUUUGUUUGUUCGCUUAGUGUUUUGCUCCUAAUUGUUUAUAAAUUAUAAAUUGAUUGAUUAAAGAUACUAUAUAUAUAAUUAAUUAUUGAUACAAAAAUAAAUAUUCAAACGAAUAAAGUCUGUGCUGAAAUUUAAA